GGCGUGCCCUGUUCAUCCGUAGAGCAAGAUGGCGCUGCCCUUUGCACGUUCGUUGAGCCUGUGCCGCUGGGGAGCCAAACGUUUGGGAAUUGCUGCCGCGGAAGCCCGGAGAGGCAUCAGUUUCAAACUGGAAGAAAAAACCGCCCACAGCAGCCUGGCACUCUUCAAAGGUGACACAGGUGUCAAAUAUGGCAUGGUGGGAUUGGAGCCCACCAAGGUGGCCCUGAAUGUGGAGCGCUUCCGGGAGUGGGCAGUGGUGCUGGCAGACACAGCGGUCACCAGCGGCAGGCACUACUGGGAAGUGACAGUUAAACGCUCCCAGCAAUUCCGAAUAGGAGUGGCAGAUGUGGAUAUAUCCCGGGAUAGCUGCAUCGGUGUUGAUGAUCGUUCUUGGGUAUUCACCUAUGCCCAGCGCAAAUGGCACACCAUGUUGGUCAAGGAGAAAACCCCAAUAGAGGGCAUCGGGCAGCCAGAGAAGGUGGGGCUGCUGCUGGAUUAUGAGGCCCAGAAGCUGAGCCUUGUGGAUGUGAGCCGGGUCGCUGUGGUCCACACGCUACAGACAGAUUUCCGGGGUCCAGUAGUACCUGCAUUUGCCCUUUGGGAUGGAGAGUUGCUGACGCACUCAGGGCUUGAAGUGCCUGAGGGUCUCUAGUAUGCCCAUCACUGGAGCCCCUAAUCAUGUUCUUGGCUAGUCUGCUGAAAGUGUCUGAAGCCUUUUGACUUUGCCCCAAGCAGCCUGUAGCUCCCAAUUCAGUGUUGGGUCCUCUGUGCAAUAUCUUAGCCAUCUUCCUCUCCACUACCCAAUGAAAACUAGGCAUACAGCCACAACCACCCCCCGACCCCAAACUAUGCCAGUUUCCUAGGUUACCAUGGGUGUGCUUUCCCUGACUUGCUUCCUUCAGCCCAUCUGCUUCACUGUGCCUAGACCUUCUGAUUGUAUUCAGUUCUGGGAGUGUCUUUGAGCUUUGAAUUUAUUCAUAACUGAUACCUCUCCCUCCCUUUCCUACAUGUAACUUGUUUGUUCUUGGAGCUCUACCAAAUCUCUUCAGAGUAAACCCUUUCUGCCUCUGGCUGGAGGAGUGGUAAUUCGGUUAUUAGCCUCUUUCUCUACAGCACAUGAAGAAUCUGGGCUCUGGCUCCCUCAGUAAGUGCUUUAUUGACUCAGUAUGUUGGAGUGAGCCGUCUCCCAUACCUCAAUACCACAGACCCUUAGCCCCACACAACUGCAGCUAUCCCCUGAGUCCAUCCGCCUUAAUCUGCACACCUCUGACACUCAGCCAAUCCAUUACAAUCAUUGUGCCAGUUACAAUCAUGACCAAAGAGUAAGAGACACUUCAGAGAUAUCUAGGGGGUUAGUGUUAGCGUUGAUUCUUGAGAAGUCCUAUAUUCAUUUCUGCCACAGUUGGAACUUCCAGAGAGAGGCCUGAGGUUUUGCACAAUCCAUUUUUUGUGCCUGCUCAGAUCCAAGCCCCCCUCCCUCUUGGCAGCAGAUUGCACUUAACCUAAAGCAGUAUUUGGGGUCAGGGAAAACCAAGUGAGUUGAACGAGUAUGUAUGUGAAAUAUGUACUGUUUGGGCCUCUCUGACCCUGUGGUUCCAUCUUUUCUACCUUCUAUAAUGGUGAUGCAGCUGAAUACUCCUAGGGGAGAAAGACAAGGGCUGGGUUUAACAAAAAUAAUGAUUUGUGUAAUUAAAGUUUAUAUGAGCACAAAA